AUGUGUUCAUCUUCGUUUCAAAGAAUCGUCUUUUUCAUUUUCUUCUAUCGUUCCUUCAUAACCUGCAAAAGUAUUUCAAAGAGGGAAUUGAAAAGCCCUGGAAAGGUUUUGGGAGAAGUUUUCCAAUACGAAUGGGAACCUUUAAGCAAGUCAUAUGAAGAAGACAGAUCCAAGAUUAUCAAAGUUCCUCUUCAAGAUCUUCGUGAUAUGGACGAAAAACCGAAUUUGAAAACUCAUGGAUUUACCUGGGUUUCCGGAAGACAUUUUGACAAUGACGCACCGUUGGACUCCUGGUAUACGAGAGACCAAAUGAGGAAGACGUUCCAAGCGGAUUCUGUUGACCUUGUGAAAGAAUUGACACAAGCGGAUUUCGCAGUCGCCUAUACAGACGCGUAUAGAGCUGAUUUUGGAAGAGAAACCCAACGCCUAAUCCCAACGAUUCACUCUGAUAUUUCACCGAAGGGGGCCAAAUAUUUCAAAAAACAGUUUCAAGAGGAGCUUUCGAAAUCAACCGAUCCAACGAAGGUGAAAUUCCGAGAGCAUUUGAAGCAAGGUAAAGAUGUGGUUAUGUAUACCGUUUGGAGGCCGCUUCGAACUGUCGAAGAUAAUCAUCUUGGUCUCUGUAGCUUGAAUUCACUUUUGGAAGGAGAUGCUAUGAAUUUUGGCAAAAAGAUCAAAUCGGUAGAUGCUUCAAACGCAUUUGAAGCAUGGAAGUAUAGAGAAGGUCAAAGGUGGCAUUAUCUGUCUCAUCAAACCCCCGAUGAAGCGUUUGUAUUUCAUGGAAAUGUGCCACAUGCCUCAUUUUAUUUAGAGGGCGAUGCGGAUCAAACACGAAUGAGCUAUGAGGCAACCGUGAUGGCAAUUUUCGAAUCACCCUCAACUGAAGGAAUGUUUUCAAAACUGAGCAGAAAAAUCACCUCACUUAGUCUCGCCUAG